CUUCAGUAGAUAGAGCGGGAUGAAAUCUUGUGAUCUCCUUUUUAAAGAACAUUCCAAUAAGCUGCGGAGCUUUUCGUACCUAAGGUCACAUUUUAUCUCAACUUGACCGUGCUGUUUCACUUAAUUUAGCAAAGCAAGCGCACAUAUUCAACGAAAACGUACACUGCGAUUGGUCCUCUAUAUAAUAAAAACUAUUUUCGUAAACGAGCUUCCUCCGAUGGAAUAAAUAAUUAUUUCUCAGAUUAGUGGCACGUUUAGAAGACUUUGCUAAGUAACUGUACAUUUUCAUGUGUCAUCUUGGGAAUUGUAUUCAUAAGGUCGUACAACAUCCGGUCUAUUAUUGUUGUAUCGCUGAGGUUAAUUGCUGUUUCCACUCAUUAAGUGAAGGCAUGUAAUCGCGGGUGUUGUACAUGUUCUUCGGUGUCUAUCUGUUCGCUUUAUCUCUGAACAUUUAAAGAAGUACUCAUGCUUUUUGAUCCGAUUUCAACUGACGGAGCUAUAUGUUGUGUUAUGUAGUUGUUAAAAUCGCUUGCGGAUUUAAAUUCUUAAAGAUGAUUGUCCUCAAUAGAAUCAGGUAAGGCAAAGGUGAAAAGACUGAUUAACAGUGAGCAUCACAAUGUUAUUAGUUAUACAGAAGGAAAAUUCAAUGCUCUGCUUUUUAUACUUGAUGUUAAUCAUAUACCACAGCUAUUUUCGAAUUAAUUCAUUGUUUUUCUGUUUUUCAAAAAGGGUUUAGUGGGAUGAACGGCGAUAUCUCCCGCAUCCCCAUUCAGUCACUGAGUGCUGUAGUUAGUUUAACGGAUAUUAUACCUGAAUUACCUUUGCCCACUCCUUUACAUUCUGGAUCCAGUGCAGAAACUUUGUUAUAUGACCCUUCUCACAGUCUUCACUUUAGUCAUGCUGAACUUGUGGGUUACCUUAGUGAAGCCCUUGGGAAUGUUUGCACAAAUAAUAUUGAUUUUAAGGAAGGAUUCGCCAGUGAUAUAAUCGAUCCAAAUCUAUUGCCCGAACCUCUUGUUAGCUCUUUAAAAAAACUACCUGUUUUCGAACAAAAAAGGGGUUUUAUGGACUAUCUUCUCAGGAGUCAUAUCAUCAAGUUAAUACCGUUACUAAUGCAUAUAAAGUACAGCCUAGUUCCUGGGUUCAUCUCUAGACCAACCACUUUCUUCUGAGACUCAUCUUUAUCCUAACUGUAAGUUCAUUGUCUCACUUAAAUUAUUUUUCAUCCACACUAUCGUAGCCCUUUCGUUUUUAUUUUGUUUCAUCUGAUUGAUAACUGUCCCACAAGUAUGUGGAUUUUAAGCAUAUGUUCUUAAUAUGAACCUAUCUAAAGUACCAAUUGGCACUGUCUAAAAUCAUCCCGAACUCAGUUCGGAAAAUUUGUGGUAAUUACUCUAGAAAUUUGUUCGUUCAUGUAUGUACAUACGGAGCACUGAAUAACUGGCCUUAAUGAAUUUUUCUGACAAUAUGACCGAUAUGUGAUCAACUCAAUUCUUAGAUUUAAAGUGGUUGUUGAAUAAGUGACUGACUCGUCUUCGUAUCUCAUCACUUAUAAUUUAAUUCAGUAAUGUUUAUCUUCAUACUAACAGUGAACCUUAAAAGUGUAACAACAUGGUGCAACCAAUUCAUAUGUUAGUUGAUCCAGAUUUGACCUAAUUUUCCCGCAAACAUAAUUUGGAACUAGACGGUUGAAAACCAAUUAUUUGUUGACAAUUCUGCUAAUUUUUUUAUAAUAGAGUGAAGAGGUUACGUGUGUUGUCGCAUUCAAGUGCAUUUAAGAUCGCAUAAACUUUGGCGAUCAGAUAGUGGAAAAUUUCCGGAUGGAAUACAAGAAGCAAAUGAGUACUUUCUGUCGCCCGUAAUUCAUCUUCAUUUACACAUUCCAGGUGAUCAGAAGUCAGUCUUUUGUAAAUUCGUGCACUGUGGGUACUAACUUGCAAUAGUGCAAAAGAAACAAUCAUUACUGGUUUAUUUUCUGGUUUUUCCUAUGUAUGCUGAAUCGCUUAGUCAUUUGGUUAGGUUUACCUGUUAGCAGUGUGUUUUGUUUGUGCUUCUGCAUCGAGUUCAAACAUUUACUGCCUACCAAACCAGCCUUCCG